AUGAGCUUGCACCGAGGGAUGAGACAGUCAUUGGAGGAGCUAAGAUCCCUUGUCAUUGAGUUGGAUGAUCACGUCAAUGAACACAAGGUGGAGUACAAUCUCUUUAUCCUGCCAACACGAUACAGCUCGGAGACACUACGUGUCAGACUGGUGGCCUCGAUUUACCUGUGCAGUGUGGAAGUCUUUCUGCUAAGCCCGAGGGGAGACUCUAGUAUGUCUUCAGACUGUGGCAUGGCGCCGUUAAACGGCAGAAUCAUCAAUGGUCAAGACGCCCCCCCAGGACAUUGGCCAUGGCAAGUCAGUCUAAACAAAGAUGGUUCUUACUGCGGAGGGUCCCUCAUCAGCCACCAAUGGGUGCUAACAGCGGCACACUGCGUCGAACAGAACAACAUGUUUGACACAGAGGUGUACAUAGGCCGUCGGAGUCAAAACGGUUCAAACCCUAACGAGGUGUCCCGAAUGAUGGCACUCGUGAAAUGUCACCCCGAAUUCGACUUCGGUACAUUGGCAAACGACAUUUGCCUUGUGAAACUGUCGGCGCCUGUAAACUUCACAAACUACAUCCAGCCCAUCUGCUUGGCCGACAGUGGCAGCACCGUGCACGCUGGGACCAGCACUUGGGUCACCGGCUGGGGGAGCCUUUCUGUUGAUUGGGUCUUUCCAGACAUUCUUCAGGAGGUCAAUCUGCCGAUUGUGGGGAACAAUGAGUGCAACUGCUACCUUAAGGAGAGGGCAAUAGAGAACUCCAUCUGUGCUGGGUUCAAGGAAGGCGGGAUGGACGCCUGUCAGGGAGACUCAGGCGGGCCUUUGAUGAUCAAAAAGAAUGAGUCCUGGAUCCAACUGGGAAUCACCAGUUUUGGUAUUUCCUGCGCCUUGCCUGAAAAACCCGGCGUCUAUACCAGAUUGUCCAGUUUCAAACAAUGGAUCGUGGACAACAUCAAUGACGAUGAGGACACUCCCAUCUUCAAGUUGUUCACCUCCUCAGGGGUGGACAGCGACACACAGUUCGACUGCAUGCCACUCACGGACGACAGCGUAUUUGGAGUGUACAUUCUAGCGGGUGUUACGAACGUGUGA